UCUUCCCGUUGCGUCAUCAUCGUCUCGCCCUGUGAUGACGUCCACACUCCGCGUCUCGUUCGCACGUGGAAGGGGAAUGGAGGGCGGAUUGGGACGCAGCUCCGGGCCCGGCCCGACGUUAGCGCUACGCGGGACGUUGAUGGCCGUCGGCGGUGGGAGCCGACUGCUGGUAGCGCGGAGAGGGGAGGAGAGGGAUGAUGCUCUCUUCGUGUAUGACUGUGCCAAGGUGGAAAAGAAGGCCUUAGGAAAUAAAGGACAGGAUGGACAACCAGCAGACAAAGGAAGCGAUAACAUCCUAGCUUUUGCCUUCUCCCCAUCAGGAGAUUAUUUUGUCUUGACAGAUGACAACAAACAGCUGAUUCUGUUUCGGACUAAGCCCUCUUGGGAAUGCAUUAGCAUCAGGCAUGUGAAUAGGAGAUGCACUUCACUCGUUAUUACAGCUGCAGAGGAUAAGAUUCUGGUGGCAGACAAAUCUGGUGAUGUCUAUUCGUACUCCAUAACAGAACCACAAGCAGAGGGUAAAUUUGAACUGGGUCACUUGUCCAUGCUACUGGAUGCGGCACUGAGUCCUGAUGACCGGUAUAUCCUAACUGCAGAUAGAGAUGAGAAGAUCAGAGUCAGUUUGACUAAGGCUCCUUACAACAUUGUAUCUUACUGCCUGGGACAUGAAGAGUUUGUGAGCAGAAUAUUUGCAGUACCCAACUAUCCUGAUCUUCUGUUGUCAGCUUCUGGGGAUUGCACUCUAAGACUUUGGAAGUAUGAAACUGGGGAAGAGGUAUACUGCUGUCAGCUAAGCAGCAUCUGUGGGUCUGAGACAACCAAAAUGGACCAGAAAUAUAUUGUCUCAAGAAUAGCCUACUGCUGUCAAGGAAGUUAUGUUGCCAUACUAUGUGACUGUAUUCCCACAGUCUACAUCUUUCAGCUUGAUGCCGUUGCCCAGCAGCUAGUUUACAGAGAGCAAAUCUCUUUGAAACAUAAAUGUUGGGACAUUGCAUUUGAGGAAACAGGAGAAAUCUGGAUUCUACAGGAAGACAGUGAAGCCCCUCUUCAAUUGUACAGACCAUGUGAUGGACAGUGGAAGUCUGUAACUGAUGAUGAAGAAUUGCAGAGGAUGUCUAAAUAUCUUCUUGACAACUGGACAGCAUUUGAAGGAUUUGUUGGUGCAGAGAGCCACUACAGCAGUCUGUACAAGGCUUCGUUUGAUAACAUGGCUGUCUACCUACAGAGGAAAGAGGAAAGAAUACAGAAGCAGAAAAAGAAAAGGCAGAAUCUGCAACAUGAUGCUAAUGGACAAACCAAAAAGAUCAAAACAGAAGAAUCAUCACUAUGACACUGUUUGUUGUUGGCUUGUAACUUUUGCCUUGCUGAAAGGAACUGGUUGGGCUGUAGACUGUUUUUAAAUGGAAAAGGAUUAAUGGAAGAAGAUUUGUUUAAACUCAGAUUCAAGUUUUCAGGCAGCCCAUUGUGGCAAUAUCCUGCUUGCAGCAGCUAUUUUAUGUACUGUAUGUCUAAGCUUCUAAGAGCAUAAAAAUGUCAGCAUUUCAGUCCUAGGGAUCUCUGAUGCAUGGCGUAUGAUUAUUGGUGGUUUUCCCUGAAGCAGGAUUUUCCUUUUGCCUACUGUGUUCAGGCUUGCAUCUUCAGGUGAAAGUGCACUGAUUAAAAUUGACGUAAUAUUUUUUUUCUUUUUUGUUUUCUAAAUUCAGUUGGUUAAUGUAACUAGCACAGCAUAACUGGCUAUAGGAAAGGGACUAUUGCAAAAUUCUUGCUCUCUGUGAAGGGUUUUAGCUGAGGCUAACCCAUCUGUUUUUACCCUUUAUCUUCCUUUUAAUGUGGUCAGACUUCUGCCUAGCUUCAAUUCAGUGCUUCUCUUUGGAGGAAGAAGUGCAGAAAUAGGUUUUACACACUGAAAAGUAAAAGUGAAAAGUGUCAGUCAACGUUAUGCUAUUGGAAGAUUCUUCUAUUGCAGUAUGAUCCCAGUCUGUCUGUGAAGAUGAUUUGAAAGGCCUGUGAGCAAUGCUUGGGAGUGUGUUCUGCUUCAUUCAACAAGAACUCUUUCAUGUUGCAAUUAGCCAAGAGGCACAUCUUUUUGAAAAGUUAUCAGUGAGAGCCUUCAGGGGUCAAUUGCUACUUCAUCACAGGGCAGAAGAUACGUGUUCAUCUACCAGAUGGCAUCCUGGCUGUAUGAAAUAUAAUAUACUUCAGCUGAGACUGUAAAAUCCAGGUGUUGAUAUCUGUACAGUUCAUUAAAGAUACUCAGAAUUAGCGUUUGAGACAUAAUUUGUUUUCCUCAGUCUCUUUAUAUUUGUCUUCUCCUGAGUAUGUAGAUGCUAAUGAAUUUUGCACUUGAAGUUUAGUUAUGUUAAUGUUGAAGGCAUUGCUGAGAUAUAGCUUGUUUUGAGAAUAUCAGCUAUUCUGCCGUGAAGCAAAACUUGAGCUUAUGUCUGCUCAAAAUUGCAGUGUUGUCCUUAUUCUGGGUCCCAGAGGCCACAAGUCUUUCUUAUGCUGCAAGAUUUCAUACGGAUUUUCAUAUUAGCUUCACUUAAAAGUGCAUUUAUAAGAAUGAAGUGUUGUUCACAUUAGUGCAGAGCCAGUGAUUCACUUCCAGGGUCUGCUUUCUUUCAGUGAUUCUCUUAGUAGGGGACCUGUUGCCUUGGAAAUAGUCUAUUUGGAUAAAUACUGUGAAAUAUCAAGUGUGAUGUUGCCUGUUCUGAUUAAAGGUUUCAAUUGUGUCAGGAGCUGCCUUGCUGCUAAUGGAAGGUGAAGUAGUUCCUACUACAAUCAGUUAUAUGAAAUAAGGAUGCAGUGCUGUGUCCACAGGUGUAUCCCACAUAGACUAGGAGCUAGGACUAAGAAAUACUGUAAUUUCAGUCUUGCAAUGGACAGCUGCAUGUGUGAAGUGCUUUCAGUGUAUUUGGAGCACUUUAAUGCACUGAUCUAACACUGACAGCGCACACUGUUCUUUCAUCCCACUGACUGCAUUCCCCUUCCUCUUUCACCACUACUCACCCAUCUGCUAACCAAAUCCCACCCCAGCAGGAGGACGUCAUGGCAGGGACAUGACUCUUGGUCUACCUUGUAUUUGUUUUGUUGGGUCCUCUUCUGCAAACAUCUCUGGUCUAUUGCUUGGUGUGCUCCAAAGCCAUGCGUGUCUGUUCUUUUUCAGUUUCCUAGGGACUGCUUCUCUUGAAAAUGAUAUUUUCUUUAUGAAAGAUGAAUGCAGUCAGACGCUGUUGCACACUGAUAAGCCAUGGAGUCUUUAAAAAUGCAAGUAAGGGGAAAAGUUGAUGCAAUAUUGAGUUUUAUUUCCUUAGCAUUUGAAACUGAAAUAUAUUUUCCUCCUUACAUUGUUGAGAUUUCAUUGAAACCCUUUCAGCAACAAAUCUUUAAAGAGUGACCUUUUAUUUCUCCUAGCACAAAGGGAUCCUAAUAAGUGCACCCCAGUGGCAUGCUUUAGAGCAGGCCUUAUUUUUUAAACAAAGCUUGCUUUUUCUUGCAGAGUAAAUGUGCUAUCUGUAAGCAAAUAUCAUGUUAGAAAAUCCCAAUUCCAUGCAGAUGCUUUACACUCGGGCUAUUAAAAAGUUUGUCAGUUUUGACACGCUCCAAAA